GUCGCGAGGAUUCGCGUUGAUCCACUCGAGCUGUGAUGAAGUGAAUUUGUUCAAAUUGUCGUUUAGAAGAUGGCUCCACCUCGAAAAAGGGUGACUGGCGAUCGAAAGAAGAGUAAGUUUGUCGAUGAUCUAAUUUAUAAACCAAUUUUUUGAGAGAAAGCUGCAUACUUUGCUGAAAAUUCCUGUGAACAGCACGCAGGAAGCUGCAGAAAUUGUAUUGAAUCGUAACGGUUGAACAAUUAAGGGCAGCUGUCUAAAAAUUUCUUAUCAGUCCAAUUAGUUACAUAUACCUCAGACAUGUGCAAAAGGUAUAUAUUUCUUUUUAUAACCGUAGCAAAAUUAAGCGUGGAAAACUCAGAAAUAAAAACUAUUUUUAUUUUAGCGGCAUAUCAGGAUUAUUUGAUGCAUUAUCGUACACACAUUCAUUAAUUAAAAUUAAGAAACUUUCACAACUAUUCAUUCGAAUAUAUAAAACGUUGGUGUAAUCAGUAAACUAUAACAAACACUAUUUCAGGAGAAAAUAUUUUUCAUAGAGAUAAACGAUUCAUAAAGAUAUUUUUUGUAUGUUUUAUUUUUUUGAACAUAAUAGUAUACGUGGCUCUUUAAUUUACCUAGACAGGUGUAUUUGUCAAAUCCUAAAUGGUGAUUAAUAAUUCAUUAGUUGUCAGUUGAGAUAAGGACUGACAAUAUUAACUGUUUUCUUUAUUUCCUGGUAUAGUAGUGAAAUAUACAACAGGAUAUGGGUAUUUUUUUUGAGAAUUAUAAUCUAUAAACUUCAUUUAGCUUUCUAUGUUAUUUUUGUCAUAUUUUUUUAGUGUGAGUAUGUUAAUAAACAUGAAAAGUUGCAAAACUUCAUGACAAACCAGAAUCCUUUCAAGAAUUUUGCAUAUUAAUUUUAUAAAAUUGUCUUACAUUUUAACCCUUAAACUCCCAUGAGUGAUCAAGAAAGGAUUUCUCCUAACAAUAUAAGUACAAUAUCAAGCAAACAAAUGGUGAGAGUAAAGAAAAAUAAACAAUAAGGGGUCAUAUGUUAAUCCAAUCAUAAAUUCUCCAAACUAACACCAUAAGAAUUAAUUGACAGACAGUAAGGAGAAUUACUGUUGAGAUCCUGGGAGUGAAAGGGUUCAUGGGAAAAUCUGUUGGAUGUAAACCCCUAGUAUUGACUAGAGUCUAAUAUCUCAUUAUAAUAUCACCCAUAAAUCACACAUCAAGGUUAGGAGAAUAAAAGAAAUGAUCAAAAACUAGAGGAGCCCUUGAUUGUUAAUCAUAUUCUUCUUGUCAGAAAAUUCUUAGAAAAUUUAUUGAGAACAGUUCAGAAAAUAUGCAUACUGCAGAUGUGAAGGUGUAAUUAAUGACUAUCUCAUUUUCAUAUCCUAGAUGUUAAUGAUUCUACAACAAAUAAAUCAACGAAGACGUCAAGUAAAUCUAGGGAGUCAUCAAAUUCUUCAAUAAUCAAGUGGAUUGCUUUUGCAAGCAUCAUCCUAAUCCUGGUAUCACUUGUUGUGAUAUAUUUAUUCGGAAAAAAUCAAGAGGACUCAAAUUUAAAUCAGAACUCAAGGCAAAUCUUCAAAACAGAGACAGGAUCACCUGAGAAGACAAAAAAGAAAACCAAAAAACCAAAACCAUCAGAUUCAAAUGAGGCCAUAACCAACAGCUAUGAUAAAUCCAUCGUGAAAGAACUUGACAAGGCACAGAGUAUUUUAGACAAGAGUAACAUAGCAGAUGCCUUACAAAAGUUUGAAGCUCUGACAAAGAAAUAUCCCAAGAGUCCAAGAGCUAUGUAUGGAAAGGCACAAUCCUUAGAUAAGUUGUCAGAACUAAGGCAAAGCAAUGAUAUUCUUCAACAAAGCAUAGAGGCUUAUGGAAAAACAGCGGACAUGCUGAACUGCCCCAUGGAACUGAAACACAGAGCAGUGCGACGUCAGGCUGAUAGGCUUAGUUUCCUGGGCAGGUCUAGUCAGGCAGCAAAUGCUUUAAGGAGCCUGUUGAAUGAGUUCCCAGGUGACAUCAAGGUCAUGAAUGAAUUGGGUGUGCAGUAUUUGAUGACAGGAAAGAACAGGGAUGCAGAAAAUAUCUACAAACAGGUGAGUUUGGGAGUUAGUAGUGUUUUUGGAUGAGGAUGUUGUUGAAAACCUCCCACAAGAACCUCCAAACACAGUCAGUGUCAUUAUGAUAAUAUCAUUCUUAAUUAGUUAUGGAGACACCAGUAAUUGUAAUCUGGUUCCUGGAGCAUUCCCCUCCUUUAACCCCUUCACUCUCAAGAUCUUAUCAGUAAUUCUCCUUACUGUCUGCCAUACAAUUCUUAUGAUGUUAGUUUGGAGAAUUUGAUAUCAGAUCAACAAAUAAUCCUGUAUUUGAUAUUUUCUUUAUUCUCAUCACUUGUCUACCUGACUGGUAUUGAUAUUGUAAGGAGAAAUUCUGUCUUGAUCACCCAUGGGAGUUAAAGGGUUAAUCAACUUAUUGCUAAGAUUAGGGAAUUUAUCAGCCUGUUUGAUUAAUAGUCUCUGAUGGAAAGUUUUCAUUUUUUUUCUUUCUCAGGUGAUAAAUAUGGAUCCAAGAAAUGGCUUUGCCCAGUCACACUUGGGCUUUAUUCUUAAAACUGAUCACUUGCGGUAUAUUGAAGCUAUCCCUCUGCUACGUAAUGGGAUCUCGAGUGGUGAAGCAGGUGCUGAUGAUGGAAGAUUUUAUUUUCAUCUGGGGGAUGCUUUUACUAGAAUUGGAAGACCAGAUGAGGUGAGAAACCUUGUUCUAACCAGGUGCUGGGUCACACUAUGCCAAAACUACCUUAAGUUUUGUGUAAAAAAUUUAGUUCUUUUUUUCCCAGACAACUGAAGAUAGUUUGUGUGUUAGAAAAAGUUGAUUUGUUUGUCCAUAGAAUCUAAUUUCCUUUUUUAGCCAACUGAUGGUGCAUUGAUUAUCGCAUGCAGUCCAAAGUAUGUAAAGAAACAGGAUGUUGAUUGAUUUCUCUUGCACAGGCUUACAAAGUAUAUGAGGAAGCUGCAGGAAAAGGAAUAUUCAUGUCUGCUUUACAACGUUCUUUGUACAAUGCAGAUACACCGCUGACCGCACAACCGUGGUGGACACCAGAAGAAACUGGAUAUGAAAGAGCCAUUCGGUACAGAUAUUAACCCUUUCAUUCUCAAGAUCUGACUGUUAACUCUUCCCUCUAGUUGCUACACAUUUCCUUCUAAACAAGUUACGAGAAUUUGGUGUUAGAUCUCUGGAUAACAACUUCUACCUGAUUAGCUUGAGUAUUCUCAUCACCUGUUUGCUGGAUUAUGUAUGGAUAUUAUAGAGAGAAAUUAUAUGUUAAUCACUUCUGAGAAUGAAAGAGUUGAUUUACAACCUUUAUGAGCAGUUUGAUUGGUGAUGGUGAAAACUACUCUAUGGCUGGACUAUGACACAGCAUUUUACCUUGGCCAAGCAAAAUAUCACAUACCCCUGAGUAUUUUCAAGGAAAGGCAUUGAGCAUCACACUUUGAUUCUCUCUUCAAUUCUUCAAUUCUUUAUGGCUGAUGCCCAAAAAUUCAGUUCAACAAAAAUCACUGACUCACUAACCCCUUAACCAGUUGAGGCUCAGAAGUGAUUAACAUGUAAUUUCUCCCCAUAGUAUCCAUACAUUAUCUAGCAAACAGGUAGUGAGAAUACUCAAACUUAUCAGAUACGAGAUAUUAUCUUGAUGGAACACCAAAUUCUCUUAACCAAUUCGCAAAAAAAUGUGUAGCAGCCAGAGGAGAGAAUUAAUUAACUAUCAGAUGAUGGAGGUAAAGGGUUACUUAACCUACCUUUUUUGACUUGCAUAUGAUAAUCAACCAGGGCCCAAUUGUAUAAAGGUCAGAUAACACUAUCCAUCAGAUAAAUUGCUAUCUUGCAGAUAACUGGUGGCAAAACAUAUAGCGUUAUCCACUGGAUAGAGUUUUAUCGAGUAGAUAGCGUUAUUCAACCUUUGAACAACUGGGGCCAGUUCCAUCUUCUUCACACUCCUUUAACCUUUUAACUCCCAUGAGUGACCAAGACAGAAUUUCUCCUGACCACAUCUAUACAAUAUCAUACAGAAAAGUGAUAAGAAUAAAGAAAAAUAUCAAUUAUGGGAUUACUAAUUGAUCCAAUACCAAAUUCUCCAAACCAACAUAAUGAGAAUCACUUAGCAGACAGUAUGGAGAAUUACCAAUAAUAUCUUGGGGUUUGUCAUUUAUGAAACAAGGAAACUUGAAGCCAACUGGGAGGUCAUCAAAGAUGAAGGAAUAUCAUUGCUAGACCAAAAGUCAGGAGGGUUUAUACCAGAAGAAGAAAAUCUCAGAGAACAAGGAGACUGGAAACAGUUCACUUUAUACCAACGUGGCCGAAAGAACGCUGCAGCUUGUCAAAAGACACCACAGACUUGUGCUAUCAUCGAUACCAUCAAAGAUGCCACCAGCUGUAAGAGAGGACAGGUAUGUUUGGAACAACCUGGGGGUGAGGAUCAAGAGGAGAUCAUGUUGUCUACUCACAAUUUGAAUCAUUAUUUGUCUCGAAAAUAAAGUAAAGUGGUGUGGAAAAAGUCGUAAAUUUUGUACAUCACAAUGUGAACCAAACCAGGGGAAUGUUCUUAUUUUGCCACUAGUAGUGUGUGAUCAUCAAUUUUUGUUGAAGAUAAGUUUAUUUUAGGGAAUUGUACUUCACUUUUUUUUUUGUUGCUUAGAUCAAGUAUUCUGUGAUGCUACCUGGCACCCAUGUCUGGCCCCACACGGGUCCUACAAACUGCAGACUACGCCUUCAUCUUGGACUUGUUAUUCCCAAAAAUGUGGCUAUAAGAGUUGGAAGGGAAACAAGGUAAUAAUGAUGAUAAUUUGUUGUGUUUGCUUACUUGUUUGAGCUGGCUGGCUGGCUCACCGACUGGGUGGCUGAAUGACUGACCGACCCACUUACCAAUUGACCAUCAAACCCACUUACUGGCUGACUGAAUGAAUGACCAAAUGACUGAUGGACUGACUGAAUGAAUGACGGACAGACUGUCUGACUGUCACACUGAUUGACUGACCCAAUGACUGACUGAAUGACAGAAUGACUGACUGAUUGACUGACUUAUGACUGACUUACUGAUUGAAUCAUUGACUGAAUAUAUGACAAAAUGAAUGACUCUUUGACUGACUGACUCACGGAGUGAGUGAUUGAUUGACUGAAUGACUGAAUGACUGAGUGACUGACAAGAGUGACUGAGUACUGACUGAAUGAUUGCGUAACUGAUACAAUGACUGACCAGGAGAAAUGAGUGAUAUACUGAAGGAGUAUGCAUUUUCUCAUGUUUAUCUUCCUUGUUCUUACAGAACUUGGGAAGAAGGCAAAGCACUAAUCAUUGACGACUCUUUUGACCAUGAAGUUUGGCACAAUGGUUCAACUUUUCGACUCAUUCUUAUUGUCGACUUUUGGCAUCCAGACUUGACACCUCAACAAAGAGCUUCAUUAUCUCCCAUUUAA